UCAUAGAUGGGUUUCAAGAAUAGUUAUAUUAUUAGUUAUUGCUCAUGCAAUCACUUUUAGUGUUCAAGACAAAAUCGCUUUAAAAUAUGAUAAAAGAAUGAAAAAACCUUUUAUGAUUUGGGGUACUGUUGCUGGUGUUGCCGGUGGAUUUAUCUUAUUACAAGGUAUGAUGUUUUUCAGAAGAAGAAUGUAUGAAAUUUUCUUAUUAAUUCAUAUUACCCUUGCUUGCCUUUUCAUUGUUGGUGGUUGGUACCACACUGAUAAAACUGGUUAUUCUCAUUUCUAUUGGGCAUGUGCAGCAAUAUGGGCUUUUGAUAGAGCAGUUAGAAUUGGAAGAUUAAUUAGUUUUGGAGUUCCAAAUGCAACCCUUGAGUUAUUAGCUGGAGAAACACUUAAAAUUACUGUUCCAAAGCCAAAAUAUUGGAAAUCAAUCCCUGGUGGACAUGCUUUCAUUCACUUUAUUCAUCCAACAUGUUUCUGGCAAUCUCACCCAUUCACUUUCACUACUUCAAAUGAAAGUAAUAAUUAUAUCACUCUCUAUAUUAAAAUAAAAGGUGGUGCCACCCAUUCAGUUUAUCAAAAAUUAGUUAAAUCACCCGGUCAAAUUUGUAAAAUGAGAGUGGCAGUUGAAGGUCCUUAUGGUGAACCAUCUGGUGCUCGUCAAUAUAAAAAUGUUAAUUUUAUUGCUGGUGGUAAUGGUAUACCGGGUAUUUAUUCCGAAUGUCUUGAUUUAGCUCAAAGAAAUCGGGAUCAAAGAUUAAAAUUAAUUUGGGUUAUAAGAGAAUGGAAAUCGAUUUCUUGGUUUUAUCAAGAAUUGAAAUAUUUGAAAAAUACUAAUAUUGAAACAACCAUUUAUGUAACUAGACCAGAUUCAUUAAGUGAAUUAGACCAAUUAGAAAAAUGUUUGGUUGGAAAUGAAAAUACUACCGAAGAAGAGGAGCUUAAAAAAGAUAUAAAAGAUUUAUCUGGAGAUGAAACCAACUCCUUUGACAGCUCAGUUAUUUCAACAAUUAAAAAUGAGCUUAGUCAUAUUACUUUCUUAGAAGGAAGACCUUCUAUGGAAGACUACGUGGAAAAGGAAAUCACUUCUUCCGAUGGAACAAUUGCUUUCACUACUUGUGGCCACCCAAUAAUGGUAGAUGAUAUUAGAUACUACGUUGUUAAUAAUUUAGACAAGUCUCCUUAUAGAGUUGAAUUCUUUGAACAGCUCCAAGUUUGGGGUUAACGCAUUUAUAAGUUUAUAAUUGUAUAAUAUAA